GCUCCCAGCGUAGAAGGCUGCUGUGUUUUCGCCGCCGCCAUUACCGCGGCGGGAAGAGUCUGCCUUCUGCGACAGCUGGAGGAGGCGGUGGUGACUGGAGUUACUUUACAGAAGGGGAUAUUCCACAUCCGUUUUCUGCGCUCGACAUGGCAAAUGUGCUUUGUAACAGAGCCAGACUAGUUUCCUAUCUCCCAGGGUUUGGCUCCUUGGUUAGGAGGGCUGUCAACCCCAGAGCUUUCUCAACUGCGGGCUCCUCAGGCUCUGAUGAGUCUCACGUGGCUACCGCACCUCCAGAUAUAUGCACGCGAACAGUGUGGCCUGAUGAAACGAUGGGACCCUUUGGACCUCAGGAUCAGAGGUUCCAGCUGCCUGGAAACAUAGGAUUUGACUGCCACCUCAAUGGCACUGCUUCACAGAAGGCAAACCAGACUGCUAAAGCUUUACCUGAUGUUCUAGUGGAGCCCUUAUCAAGUGAAAGACAUGAGUUUGUCAUGGCACAAUACGUUAAUGAAUUUCAAGGUCGUGAUACACCUGUUGAACAAGAAAUCAACAGUGCAGAAACUUACUUUGAAAGUGCCAGAGUAGAGUGUGCAAUCCAAACGUGUCCAGAACUGCUGCGAAGAGAUUUUGAAUCACUAUUUCCAGAAAUGUCUAAUAGCAAACUAAUGAUUCUGACUGUAACACAAAAAACUCAGAAUGACAUGACUGUUUGGAGUGAAGAGGUGGAAACUGAAAGAGAAAUUCUCUUAGAAAAGUUCAUCAAUGGUGCUAAGGAAAUUUGCUAUGCUCUCCGAGCAGAAGGCUAUUGGGCUGACUUUAUUGACCCGUCAUCUGGCUUGGCAUUUUUUGGACCAUAUACAAACAACACUCUUUUUGAAACAGAUGAACGCUACCGACAUUUAGGAUUCUCUAUUGAUGAUCUUGGCUGCUGUAAAGUGAUUCGUCACAGUCUCUGGGGCACCCAUGUGUUUGUAGGAAGUAUAUUCACUAAUGCAACACCGGACAGCCAUAUUAUGAAAAAAUUAAGUGGGAACUAGCAAGAAUGUCAGUUUAUUUGCGGUACUGUUUCUUUGUAAUAGAUUGAUUGAUAAACUCUGUCAAAGACUCCAGUUUUAAAAUAUA